UGCACAUGUAAAACUGCGGUGGUAAGCGUUGCGGUUGAAAAAUUUGGGUGUGCCUAAAUUUUGUGCAACCUUGGCAAAAAGUUAGUCUAGAGCCCUGUAACAGGACAAAACCAGCGUUACAGCGGGUGCACAUCAAUGACGUCUGAUGAUCUGGAGACUUUAGACUUCAGCCUCACUCUGAGAAACCCCCAAUCAACAGACAGCGGCACCUACACCAUCUCAAUCCAAAAUGAAAGGAAGGUACUAAAAUUGACAGACAUACAGCUUCAUAUCAAAGUUUACAAGGUGGAGGCAGAUUCAAAGGUGGAGUCUGUCCUGCUGCCCUGCAAAACCACAGUUUGUCUGCCUAAAGAUGCUAAAGUGGAGUGGAAGGAUGAAAACAACAGGAAGGUCCACGUGUAUGAGAACGGCUCUGACCAGCCUGAACAACAGCACCAAGAUUAUAAAGGCCUAACGAGCAUGAAGAGAAACUUACCUGGAGACCUCAGUCUGACCCUGAAAUACCCCACAGAUGGAGACACAAACACCUACACCUGCACCGCCUACAGCAGGGAGGGAAACAUCCUGAUAGAGAAACAAGUGAAUCUCACUGUCAGAGUCCCCCAGGUGGAGGUGGAUUCAGGGGUGGAGUCUGUCCAGCUGCCCCUCAAAACCACAGGAAACCUGCCUAAAGAUGCUAAAGUGGAGUGGAAGGAUGGCAAGAGGGCUGUCCGCAUGUAUGACGACCACUACAGGAAGGUCCGCAUGUAUGACGACCACUACAGGAAGGUCCACAUGAGAACGGCUCUGACCAGCCUGAAGAACAGCACCAGGUUUACAGAGACCGAACGAAGAUGAAUGAAGACCUGCUGAAAACUGGAGACCUCAGUCUGACCCUGAAAUACCCCACAGAUGGAGA